AUUGGCUGAGCGGGCAGGCGCAGAGGAGGUGCGGAGGCUCCGCAGCUCGCGCAGCGGGUAACCGCGGAGCGCGCGCGCGCACGGAAGCACGGGCUCGUGACGUCCCCUCCUCCCCCCAGCCCGAUUCUUAUUUAGCCGUCGGGCGACUAGCUCCUCCCCUUGUUUUCUGACGUCACUGCCAGCGGUGGGGGGAGCAGCAGGUGCAAGCGGCGGCGCGAGACGGGCAGUGCCUCAGGACAGAUUCUACAUCUCACAUGAACUACGAAAAUCCUCCACCCUACCCUGGCCCAGGCCCAACUGCUCCAUACCCACCCUAUGCACAACAACCAGGUGGUCCUCCGGGCCCAUACCCAGGUUAUCCUCCAGGGCCGUAUCAGCCAGGUCAACCAGGCUAUCAAGGUUAUCCGCAGUAUGGAUGGCAAAAUGCACCUCCGCCUCCACCUCCAGGACCAGUCUAUGCAGAUGGGCCUAAAAACACAGUGUACGUCGUGGAGGAGCGGCGGAGGGACGACACGGGUGAGAGUGCCUGCCUGACGGCAUGUUGGACUGCGCUCUGCUGCUGCUGCCUCUGGGACAUGCUGACCUGACUGCUGAAGCCGCCUCUCAUACCUCUCACCGAGUGCUAUGCAGUCUCCUGACUUCUGUCCUCACUUCUUUCUGUUACUGUAAUCAAUGCUCUGCUUUGCACAGCCAAGAGUUCCUGUCUGUCAGCUGUAGCGCCAUGGGGGGGGUGGUGCACUCCUUUAUUUUAGUAAAGGAAAAUCCCUUUUUAACAUUUCUAAGACUUUUGUUGUAACUUUGAAGAAUAUGUUAAUGGUAUAUUUUGGCCAAAGGCAUUCUGAUAAAUACAUAUUUUAUCAGUUGAAAUGUUCCUAGUCCUAGAAAUGAAGAUAUAUGCAAUAAUUAAAGCCAACAGUUGAUUUUCUUUGCUAGGUCCUGAUUGUUUCAAUAAAUCUGUCCAACAGAG